AUGACCACAACACCUCGUCACGAUCAUCUACCAGAACCAGAGCUCGAGCCACUGAAUGUCACAAACGGUGACUCCGUCACGACAAACACAGCCAAGGCAAUCAGCCAUGACAAACGCAAGAGCUAUAAGUUACGCAGGUUCCCCCUUCGAGCUGUGGCAGUGAUUUUUGGCCCAAUAAUAGUCCUGGCCUACUUCGCUUUUAUCUGGAAAUUGAUCCAGACGAGAGAAGGACAUACACUCAAAUUUGGCUUCUCCAAUGAGCUUUGGAUAUACUACUCCUGGUUCCUUGUCGGCGUAUUUGGCCUGAACUUUUCAAAGUAUGGCCUACUUGGUAUCGAAGCUAGCAUGCUCCACGAUCGCACCUGGCAGGUUGAAAAUACCAUGACUUUGUUGAUGCAUUGCGACAGCUCCUGGAAUGGACCAGGGGGUUGGUUCAAAUGCUGCAGCGCGUUCUUGCAACGGAGGAGGAUUGCUGCAGGGCGGCUGUGGUACACGCUGGCGGCCCUUAGCUUGGUUCCCUUUGUAGCUCUACCACUGUCGGGUUUGACCAUGGAACCUGUUCGUGGUUAUGUCAAAUUGCGUGAUCCUCCCCUGGCCAUUGGACACAAGUUAGAUGAUUUCCAUCGCAGAAGUCAAGAAGCAAACGAAAACUUGUUCUGGAGAACUGGCUUUCCUCCUAAACUUCCGGGAUUAGGUAUAGCCUAUAUCGCACCUCAUGUUCAACGGGAGUCCUUCCCGUACCUCCGAGAAGUGCCGAAUAUCUUGCCUUCAAAUGUAUCUGAAAGCAACCCAGAGUUUUUCCUUGCACCGCAGGCAAACGUACCAAUAAAUGGGACAGUGUGGGGUUUACUCAUAGGGUGCAACUGCUCCAUUGUCAAGUCGUUCUCUGAAUUCAAAAUCCUUAGCCAAAGGCCACCUGCCAACUUUAAUGAAAGUAGUUCUCUGGUAACGCUAAAUCUCAAUUCUUCCAUUUUGAGCGACAGGAUACUUGUUGCUGCUAAUCAUAAUGCGAACCUGGUAGCUCAUGCUCAGAUCGGCUUCAACCUUUCAGGAGUGUACGGGCACGCCAGCUGGGCUGCUCCUAAGCCUAUGCCAGCCAUUUUUGAAUACGCGCUCUGGCAGGCACAUAGAGAUAUGGGAUUUAGCCUUUUGGGAGAACAACUCAAUUUCAGCAAGACGAUUGAUUUUCCCAUGGCCGAUGUUAACGGUCCAUACUUUCAGGCAGAAAACGGUACCUUCUACUUCAACCAAACCUUCUACGGCAACCAGCCCGACGAAAAUGGAACGGUCUCUUCAGAUCCAGUGUACCAAGCUACGGCUUUAACCCACAUUGCCCCUCCCAUAGGUGUUCGUUGUAUUCGCGACUCUAAGCUUGGAUAUGCUGAUGUCGACUGGCAAGGCUCAUUCCGCUCAUUCACAGAGAGUGCCCCCCAGUGGGUUGACAGCCACGAGAGCGGGGAUCAAUGGGCAUUUGGCCAAAUCGGCGACGCAAUUGCUGGCAAAUUUACCGAGAUCCUGACAUCCACAAACUCGCCUACAACCCUAAGUCUCACCCACGGGUUAUACUUCCCAAGUUACAUCCAGGCAGAGACCCUUUACCGGUCAAUCAUGCUCGCGCAUGCCUGGGACGCCCUGGAAUUAAUGUACGACAGCGGCUACUCCUUUGAAUCUGCGUAUAUAUUACCCAAUACAACCAGCUCGCGAGCCAGCACCGUUAUGGGUCCUGGUGUCAUCCCGCCCAUCUAUGUGGGGGUCUUGUUCGCCAUCUGGACCGUAGGCUCUGUGAUAUUUGGCUGCGUGUAUGGCUUUCGUUGCCGAUGGUCUGAUACGUUGGAUGGGUAUAGUAUGUUCCGAUUCGGAGCGGAUUUUGCGCAAGAGAUCAAAGACGAGCCCGAUUUUGCGUGCGCUUCGGAGUUCCAGGAGUGCCAGGCACUGUGGAAACUACCGGGUUUGGUAGGUGAUUCUGAGCUGCAGAUGGAUAUUGGGCAUAUUACGCUGGUGAAAAGGGGGAAUGAACCGAGUAAGGGUAAGAAAUAUCGCUAG